AUGGGACAAAAUCCUUCUUCACCCUCUCAGAAUAAUAGCAAUCAUCUCGUUGCUCAUAAUCAUCAUCAUCAUCAACAGCAGCAACAACAACCCCAUCAUCAUCACCAUCAUCAACAUCAACAGUGUGAUGUCUUACCGAAUUCAACUCAUCUAAUAGCAGACAUUUCAGAGGAAGAACUUACAACAGAUUCAACCUCGGCAACAACACCAACAUCAUCAACCAUGACAGCUUCUCUCUCAUCAAAUCUUAUAUCGAGGAGAAGAUCCUCUCUCCCCCAUAAAUUGAAUGACCAUAGUACAAUGAGUGGAGAACAUGAUGAAACGAAACGAUCCCUUGGUAAAGUAUUCAAAAGUGCCACACAUUUAAACGCUCAUGAAGAUAUUGAGAAUUAUUCAUUGGGAAAACAAUUGUGGGAGGUUGAAAAAGCAAAUCACCAACAACAACCUGUAACAUAUUCCAAUAAUCUCAAUACUCCAAAUUCUGCCACCUACAAAACUUCCCAGAAAUUAAUCAAACUAAAGCCAUUUUCUACACCAGAUUUGAAAAGGAGUGCACUUUUAAAUAGUAGGAACAAUCAAGAGGAAAUGAAUGGAGUAGAUACAGAUACUUUAACACCUACAGUGAGUGACGAUAUUUCAUUUAAUUCAUCAUCUGUCUAUUCUCCACCACAACAUGCCAAUUCUUUCAGAAAUAGUGUCCUCUCAACAACAAGUAGUGCCAGUGGAGGAUCCAACAAUAAUCACAAUAAUAGUCUCAUCAAUUCUCUUUUCCCAUCUCUUCCGGUUGACAGGACUAAAAUGACUGAUGAGGAAUUUACUGUCUACAAGGAGGUUGUCAGUAAACCAGUUUAUGAAAAAAUUCUGAAAAGUAAACCUCUGACAGCUAAAUGUGGAUUCAAUGAAGAGUAUAUGAAAGAGUUUGCUUUUGAACUUUCUGAUGAGGAAGAAUUGAAAAAUACCUAUCUCACAACAGACUGGGUUGAAACAGCAAAACUCCUCCAAAGAACAAGAAGUAUCGACGAGACCACUCUCAAUCUUGACCCAAAAACUCUACUCGAACCAAUAAUUAAUACAGUUUCUAAACGUGAUUCUCUCUCCUCUAUUGAAGAGGAAGUGAAGAAAAUUGUAAUGGAAGAACAAGAGGUUCUCAAACAAGAAAUCAAAAUCAAGCUAAUAAUUACUGAAAUUGCAAAUGCACCUACAAAAACUCUGAGACAAUUUCUUUCUCCUGUUUUGCACAAGAUGAAUGUUCUACCAGAGAUUGGUUGGUUUCACUCUGCUAUUCUCGUAGGGAAGUGGAGACUUGACUUUAAUGAUAGUAGUGUAGUAAUACCGAGAAAGCUUGUUAGUCAGGCUGCUGUUAUUACUACAGACAUUGAAACAAUUAGUACAUUGGAGGAUCUCAAUAGAGUGAUUGAUGGCAUGUCGAGAUGCAUUUGUAAAUGGAAUAGAAAUAUAACGUAUAAACAAACUGGAGGAGAUAGAAUUAACACAGGGAACUGUCAGGAUUUUGUGGAAGAUUUGUUGGAUAGUAUUGGAGUUAAAAUGAAUCUUUCUGGAAGUAUGAAGAAAUUUGUAAAACGUUUGAGAAAGACAGGAAAGUGUUCCCUUGUCUUUGAAAUGGAUAAGAGAUUCAGAGAAUAUUUUGGAAUGGAAUCUAAACGGGUGAAGUUCAAAUCACACGAACAAUUAGAUUUGUUUGUGAGAAAAUUACUUGACAAGUGUCCAAAUUUUGCUCAAGAAUUCAAUGAUGAAUGGAUACUCUUACAAAGUUUUGAUAGAACCUACUGGUUGAAACACAUUACGUACACUCACAUUGAAGAGUAUAAACCAUGCAAGGUCAUUAGAGAUAAUAAGGGAGUUUCCGAUUGUCCAUUUCACGAACCCGAGUUCACUAACUUGCUUAAAGACUAGGCUUUGAUAUUUGAAUCAAUUUUGUAAGAAAAAUUGAACAAACUCUAUUGUGUUUCUUUACAUAAAGAAUAUUAAUCACGAAAUACUGUUAAUUAUU